CCCUAGGUGUAGGGUUUGUGGUGUAACAUCUACUCCUGGGCUGGGCACCCCACAGUCACUUGCUCUCUACAUUUUAACUACUUGUGGGUCUCCAUAAUAGUUUCCAUCUGUUACAAAAAGAAGCCCCUUUGAUGAGGGGUGAGGGCUUUACUAUUUUGUAGGUAUGAGGAUAAUUAUUUCUAGGGAUGGUAAGAAGACAUCGUACUUGUCUGCUGGGGAGUGAGCCAGAGCCAUGACCUGAAAUCCUGAUGACCACUGCCAGGGCCUCUGGGUAACCGGCAAGUGCACCAUGGAACUUAAAGUAUGGGUGGAUGGAGUUCAGAGGAUUGUUUGUGGGGUCACUGAAGUCACAACUUGCCAGGAGGUUGUAAUAGCCUUAGCCCAAGCUAUAGGUCGAACUGGAAGGUACACCCUCAUAGAGAAAUGGAGAGAUACUGAGAGGCACUUGGCACCACAUGAAAACCCCAUCAUAUCCUUAAACAAGUGGGGGCAGUAUGCUAGUGACGUACAGCUCAUCUUGCGUCGGACUGGGCCAUCCCUCAGUGAGCGCCCCACCUCAGACAGUGUGGCCCGGAUUCCUGAAAGAACUUUGUACCGACAGAGCUUGCCCCCCUUAGCCAAACUGCGGCCUCAGGUAGACAAGUCAAUCAAGAGAAGAGAACCUAAAAGGAAGUCCCUGACGUUCACAGGAGGUGCCAAAGGGCUGAUGGACAUUUUUGGAAAAGGUAAAGAAACUGAAUUUAGGCAGAAGGUGCUGAGUAACUGCAGAGCCACAGCAGAAGAGCUGAGGAGGCUGAUCCGGCUGCAGACAGAUAAGCUGCAGGCCAUUGAGCAGCAGCUGGAGUCCAGUGAACUAGAGAUACGAUUCUGGGAGCAAAAAUACAGUUCCAGCCUGGAAGAGGAAAUUGUCCGUCUGGAGCAAAAGAUCAAAAGGAAUGAUGUGGAGAUCGAGGAGGAGGAGUUUUGGGAAAAUGAACUACAGAUAGAACAAGAAAAUGAGAAGCAGCUCCAGGACCAGCUCGAAGAGAUACGGCAGAAAGUCACAGACUGUGACAGCAAGCUGAAGGACUACCUGGCACAGAUCCACUCUAUGGAAAGUGGUCUCGAAGCAGAGAAGCUGCACCGGGAAGUUCAGGAGGCACAAGUCAACGAGGAGGAGGUGAAAGGAAAGAUUGAAAAGGUCAAGGGGGAGAUGGACCUCCAAGGGCAGCAGAGCCUGAGGCUGGAGAACGGCAUUAGAGCUGUAGAGAGGUCUCUGGGGCAGGCUACCAAGCGCUUACAGGACAAGGAACAGGAGCUGGAGCAGUUGACCAAAGAGCUACGUCAAGUCAAUCUCCAGCAGUUCAUCCAGCAGACAGGGACAAAGGUCACCGUGUUGCCAGCUGAGCCCACUGAAAUAGAGGCCUCCCAGGCAGACAUAGAGACAGAGGCACCAUUCCAGUCUGGGUCCCUAAAGCGACCUGGUUCAUCACGGCAGCUCCCCAGUAAUCUUCGUAUUCUGCAGAACCCCAUCUCUUCUGGAUUUAAUCCUGAGGGCAUCUAUGUAUAACAUUGUCUUCAGGGGAUGGAUCCAGCCAAGGUACCAAGGACAAUAAAAUCUUUCAGUUUGUGCCAACUGAACAGACGGUCUGUUCCCAAGCCACUGUCUCCUCUCCUGACUGCAAGCCCCUUGGAGCCUGUGCACUGAUGCUGAACACGGAGGAGCCUGUUCACACUUCGCAGUAUUGACAUGUUGUCCAGCAGCUGAAAUGCAAAGCCUUCGUUUUUUAUUUGUAGUGUUCUGAGAACAUUAGGAAAGUAUUAAUCUAUGUUUAUACAUGAAUAAACCCUGAAUUAAGAGUAAAGUUA